CUCUCUUUCCCUGAGCGGAUUUUGGAGGAUUCUGGGUUUGACGAUCAGCAGGAGUUUCGGUCCCGGUGCAGCAGCGUCACUGCUGUUAUGCAAAGGAAGGUGCAUGACAGCACCUUAAAAACCCAGUCGCGGAGACGGCAUGCAAGUGCCCCCAGCCAUGUCCAGCCCUCUGAUUCUGAGAAGAACAGGACCAUGUUGUUUCAGGUUGGUCGAUUUGAAAUUAACCUCAUCAGUCCAGAUUCUAAAUCUGUUGUAUUGGAGAAGAACUUCAAAGAUAUCUCAUCAUGUUCUCAGGGCAUAAAAAACAUAGAUCACUUUGGUUUUAUUUGUCGAGAAUCUACUGAACCUGGCAUAAAUCAGUAUGUUUGCUAUGUAUUCCAGUGCGCAAAUGAGUCUUUGGUUGAUGAGGUGAUGCUCACUCUCAAACAGGCUUUUAGCACCGCUGCCGCCCUCCAGAACGCCAAGACGCAAAUUAAACUGUGCGAAGCCUGUCCGAUGCACUCGUUACAUAAACUCUGUGAAAGGAUUGAAGGUCUUUACCCACCAAGAGCGAAGCUUGUGAUUCAGAGACAUUUGUCCAUCCUCAGUGACAACGAGCAAGCUGACAUCUUUGAACGUGUCCAGAAAAUGAAACCUAUUAGUGACCAGGAAGAAAACGAGCUUGUGAUCUUACAUCUGCGACAGUUGUGUGAAACGAAACAAAAGACACACGUGCACAUUGGCGAGGCACCAGUGCAGAAUACCUGCAACAACUCAGUUACCGAAAUCGCGGCGAGCGGCGGCAGGUUCAAACUGGAUGUUCUGAAAAACAAGGCCAAGAAAUCUUUGACUAGUUCUCUGGAAAACAUUUUCUCAAGGGGAGCGAACAGAAUGCGUGGCCGUUUGGGGAGCGUGGACAGUUUUGAAAGAUGCAACAACCUCUCCUCUGACAGAGACUGCUCCUCCGGGGAAUCUCCUCCCCCAACUCCCCCGGGUUCGCCGAUAUCCUCGGUUUGGCAGCCUUUUCCCGAAGAGGAUUUUGAUUCGCCUCAGUUUCGAAGGCGCGCGCACACGUUCAGCCACCCGCCGUCCAGCGCGAAGAAAAAGAUCUCUUUCCAAGACGGGAGAUCCCAAAGCGUCAAGUCUCCUCUCCUGAGACAGAACUCUGUGGAACAGAGCAGUAAUGGGGAAAGACGAAAAAGGACGUCAUCAGUCUGCAGCAAUGACUCUGUAAAUGCUGGUGGAAUCUCUCUUACCCCCCGCCGGAUCUCCUGGCGGCAGAGAAUCUUCCUCAGGGUAGCAUCGCCCAUGAAGAAAUCUACCUCAGCAAUGCAAAAUCAAGAUGGAGGUGAUGGUAGCGAAUUGUUACCCCUGUCUCCCCUUGCGCCAUCUUUGGAAGAAGACCCCCUGGCUUCCAUAUUACAAAACGAUGACUCCCAAGAUAACACUGGGGAGAAGAAGAACUCGGAAGAGUUGCAGAGUCUGUGGAGGAAAGCUAUCCAUCAACAAAUACUGCUGCUUCGGAUGGAAAAAGAAAACCAGAAAUUGGAAGCAAGCAGAGAUGAGCUCCAAUCCCGAAAGGUUAAAUUGGACUAUGAGGAAGUGGGUACUUGUCAGAAAGAUGUUAUCAAUGUCUGGGAUAAGAAGCUCAUAAAUUGCAGAGCCAAAAUCAGAUGUGACGUGGAAGAUAUUCAUGCUACUCUGAAAGACGGUGUACCAAAAGGUCGCCGGGGAGAAAUUUGGCAGUUCCUCGCUGUGCAGCAUCGUGUGCGACAUCGGCUCUCAAACAAGCAGCAACCCCCAGACAUCUCGUACAAAGAGCUCUUGAAACAACUGACGACUCAGCAGCAUGCAAUCCUCGUAGAUCUAGGAAGGACCUUUCCGACGCACCCUUAUUUCUCUGCUCAGUUGGGAGCAGGUCAGUUGUCCCUUUUCAAUCUCCUGAAAGCUUAUUCCUUGCUGGACAAGGAGGUGGGCUACUGCCAAGGCAUCAGCUUUGUGGCCGGAGUGCUGCUUCUCCACAUGAGCGAAGAGCAAGCCUUCGAAAUGCUGAAGUUCCUCAUGUACGACCUGGGCUUCCGGAAACAGUACAGGCCCGACAUGAUGUCACUACAGAUCCAGAUGUACCAGUUGUCGAGGCUUCUCCACGACUACCACAGGGAUCUCUACAACCACCUUGAGGAGAAUGAAAUCAGCCCCAGUCUGUAUGCUGCACCGUGGUUUCUCACCUUACUUGCUUCACAGUUUCCGUUGGGAUUUGUAGCUAGAGUAUUUGACAUUAUUUUUCUUCAGGGAACAGAAGUCAUAUUUAAAGUAGCCCUCAGCCUGCUUAGCAGCCAAGAGGUGCAAAUCAUGAUGUGUGAUACUUUUGAGAACAUAGUUGAGUUUCUUAAAAACACUCUCCCGGAUAUGACAAAGCCCCAGAUGGAGAAGAUUAUCACACAGGUCUUUGAGAUGGAUAUUUCUAAGCAGCUUCACGCCUACGAAGUAGAGUAUCACGUUCUUCAGGAUGAGCUUCAGGACGACUCGAAUCCGUGCGAUGACAGUGAGGGUCUGGAGAAACUCGAAAGGAUGAAUAAUCAGCUCAAGAGACAGAAUAUGGACCUCUUGGAGAAACUGCAGGCAGCUCAUGCUAGACUCCAGAGCGUGGAAUCGAAUUUGGAAGACGUCUUGGCGAGAGAGAGCAAAAUGAAGAGCCUCAUCCUGUCGCUGGAGGAAGAGAAGGCCCUUUAUCGAAAGACGAUCGAGAAGCUCUGUCAGUACCUGCCCGUCGAGGCUCUGUCGGCCUGCGAGCAGCUGCUGAAGGAGGCGGACUGUCACCCAAACAUAAUCUAGAAACAAGCCAUAAAUCGAGAGUUGCAGGCCAACGCCAUUUUCUGACAAUAAAGGAAAGACACGGGACCGGGUCUGCUGUCGAGGGUAUCUGCUCCACCUCACACGGGUACUGAGAUGCUCAGAGCUACGAGAGAGGCCUUUUCAACCUUGAUAUGCAAAUCCCAGGUUAAAUGUUUUUAAUAAUGUGUGUACAUAAACUGCAAUUCAAAAAAAAGGAGGUCAGAUCUAAUGAAGACAAUUAGAUAUAUAUUUAGGAUUGAUCUAAAGGGAGCGGGAAAAGGUGAAAUUUCACUAGUGGAGACCAGUGGUGACUUUCUAAACGUCAACCUCAGUAUGUUUUCUUGACCUGUAAUAAAAGGAACACUGUUGUGUCUUUCUAUGUAUUAAUUAAUACUUGAAAAGAAACAAGAAUGUAAUUCCCCCCCUCCAAAGAAUAGCAUGUUUCUCCUUGUAAUGGGGGCGGGGUUCUUUUGUUGAGGCGGAGAUGGGAGG